AUGGAGCUCUACAACACCCCGUCAUGGCAGCUGGACAAGUUCAUCCAGGAGGAGCUGCAGCCGGACAGCGCCUUCCUGGAGCAGCUGAGCGUGGCGGUGCACACCAUCUGCGAGUUCCUGCGGGAGACGUGCUUCACGGGGAUGCCUCCGCCCCGAACGCGGGUCCUGAAGGUCAUCAAGAAAUCUGUUUCCUUCAAGGAGAAUAGCCAGACUGUGCGAGGACGCAUCAGGGCUUGCCCACGCCUGCCAACUCCAAUGGAGACCAUGGACAAGGACACAGUGGGCAGUCAGCAGGAGCUCUCCUGUUCUCUGCAGGGUGGAUCUGCAGGCAAAGGCACAGCCCUCCGAAACAGCUCUGACGCGGACCUUGUGAUGUUUCUCAGCUGCUUCAAGAACUAUGAGGACCAGGAGAAAAACCGGGCCGAGAUCAUCCGUGAGAUCCAGAGGAGGCUGCUGCAAUGCCAGCAGCAGGAGCGCUUUGAGGUGGAGUUUGAAGUGAAUCGUUGGCCAAAUCCCCGCGUGCUGAGCUUCCAGCUGAGAUCCAAGAGACUCCCCGAGUCUGUCGACUUCGACGUGCUGCCGGCCUACGAUGCGCUACACCACGUUGUCAGGGACUACAAGACCGACCCCAUGGUCUACAUCCGGCUUUUCGAGCAGUGCACGCAGGGAGGGGAGUUCUCCACCUGCUUCACGGAGCUGCAGCGGGACUUCAUCAGCAAGCGCCCCACCAAGGUGAAGAGCCUGAUCCGCCUGGUGAAGCACUGGUACAAGAAGGUGAGCGGGAUUAGGCUUCCCAGGGCUACCCUGCCGCCGCAGUACGCCCUGGAGCUGCUGACGGUAUACGCCUGGGAGCAGGGUAGUGGGGAAACCAAGUUCAGCAUGGCCGAGGCCUUCCGCACCGUGCUGGACCUGCUCCAGCACUACGAGCAUCUCUGCAUCUACUGGACCAUCAACUACGACUUCGAGGACAUCACUCUGAGCUACUACCUCUCAAGACAACUCAGGAAAAGCAGACCUGUGAUCCUCGACCCGGCCGACCCGACCAAUGCGGUGGGCGCAGGGAGCCGCUGGGACCUGGUGGCCGCGGAGGCUAAAAUCUGCUGCACGCAGUGGUGCUGCUUGGAUGUCCACGGGAGGCCUGUGCAGCCCUGGGAUGUGCUGCUGGAGCAAAUGCCCUGGCAAAGCCAGGGUGUCCACACAGCCCCUGCCAGGAUCCUGCUUGAAGGUGUGCUUAGGCAGACGUGGACACCAGGGCCGGAGCCAGCACCUGCCAUCAGCACUUUCCCCGGGGCCCCGCAUGCAGAGGAGCGGGCGUCCUUCUGCACUGUCCUCUGA